AUGAAUUGGGCAAAACGUUUGCAUUUUCUUGCCAAGACUUGCAAAACUGAAUUAUGGAUAAAAAAUGGGUCACCAAACUUCGGCAUUGUUUCUCGCCGAUUCGGACAUAAUAAUGUUCCCUCCGAUCCUCAGUUGAGUAGAAAAUUUCUAGCACAGCUUUGGAUUGUAGAUAAGGAAAUGGAAAAAUAUUCUAAAAGAAGAACAAGCCAGAAAAGGAUUGUUAAGGGAAAGGGUGCUACUGUAUUUGAUACGCACCCAGCUGGAAAAUGGUUUUCUGGUGCGGUUGGAAAAUGGUUUCCUGAUGCAUCUGUUACAGAACAAAAAUCUUAUGACCACGUUCUGCAGCAACCUCCUCCCAGUCAAUCUCUUUCUGGGCUUUUGGAGCCAGCAUUUCCUGAGGAGGCACGGGUGGCACCUCUUCUGGCUAGGUCCAAUUUGCUGAUUACCAGGGAUAUAGAGUGGGCAAAUCUUGUACUUGGUUUUGAGCAGGGUAUUGAUGGGGAAGUACUUGGGUUAUCAAAAUUAUGCUUAGGAGAACCGUUAUGCAGUAGUAGACGUGUGCUACCCAAAGUCAGUUUUAUUCGUGAGCAAAGUAAUCUAAUUGCCAGACAGCUCCUUCGCCUAAGGCGCCCUUUUGUCGCUUACAUAACUGAUGCCAUGGGUAAUGAGCUGUUUAGGGUGAGUGCUUUCAACAGAUUCUCCUUUGAACCAUGGACAAGUUGCCAGGAAGUUGGUGUUGUUCACAGACGAUGGCACUUGUGGAGAAGGAUAUAUGAUUUGUACUUGGGAAAUAAACAGUUUGCAGUAGUUGAAAAUCCUGGCUUGUGGAACUGGACAUUUACUCUCAAGGACAUUGAUGGGAAUGUGCUGGCUCAAAUAGAUCGUGAUUGGAGGGGUUUUGGAUUUGAGAUCUUUACUGAUGCUGGUCAGUAUGUGAUAAGAUUUGGGAGUUCGGAUCCCAAUGCAAAGACUGGGUCUGCUACAGUGGUUCAAGAUUUGGAAGUUAUCCGUCCACUGACUCUGGCAGAGAGAGCUGUAGCUGUUGCUCUUGCUAUUUCACUGGACAAUGAUUACUUUUCAAGACAUGGUGGCAUGGGAAUUCCUUUUGUUGCCACUGGUGAGUAG